AUGUCAACGCCAGGGAAUAUCGCCCUACAGAAUGAAGACGCCUGUGAAGAUGCCAUCGUAAUUACCACUCUUGACACCGUUCCCUUCUGCUGUCACGAAGAUCUUCUCACCAUGUCGCGUCCCCAACUGGUUCAGGUUGCUACCACGCUCAACGCUAGACUUCCCGCCUUGCUUCGUAUUGAUGUAAACCUCAACCGCUCCGAUAGCUUCAUCCGAAAUUCCAUCGAAGUCAUCGUC